AUGGUUGAUUUGGAGAGCGAAGUGCCCCCUCUGCCUCCCAGGUACAGGUUUCGGGAUUUGCUGCUGGGGGACCAGGGAUGGCAGAACGACGACAGGGUGCAAGUUGAAUUUUAUAUGAAUGAAAACACAUUUAAAGAGAGACUAAAGUUAUUUUUUAUCAAAAACCAGAGAUCAAGUCUAAGAAUACGUCUGUUCAAUUUUUCUCUCAAAUUAUUAAGCUGCUUAUUGUACAUAAUCCGAGUGCUACUAGAAAACCCUUCACAAGGAAAUGAAUGGUCUCAUAUCUUUUGGGUGAACAGAAGUCUACCUUUAUGGGGCUUACAGGUAUCAGUGGCAUUGAUAAGUCUCUUUGAAACAAUACUGCUUGGUUAUCUCAGCUAUAAGGGAAACAUCUGGGAACAGAUUUUACGAAUACCCUUCAUCUUGGAAAUAAUUAACGCCGUUCCCUUCAUUAUCUCAAUAUUCUGGCCUUCCUUAAGAAAUCUAUUUGUCCCAGUCUUUCUAAACUGUUGGCUUGCCAAACAUGCCUUGGAAAAUAUGAUUAAUGAUCUACACAGAGCCAUUCAGCGUACACAGUCUGCAAUGUUUAAUCAAGUUUUGAUUUUAAUAUCUACAUUACUAUGCCUUAUCUUCACCUGCAUCUGUGGAAUCCAGCAUUUGGAACGAAUAGGAAAGAAGCUGAAUCUCUUCGACUCCCUCUAUUUCUGCAUUGUGACAUUUUCUACUGUGGGCUUUGGGGAUGUCACUCCAGAAACGUGGUCGUCCAAGCUCUUUGUCGUUGCCAUGAUCUGUGUUGCUCUUGUGGUUCUCCCUAUCCAGUUUGAACAGCUGGCCUAUUUGUGGAUGGAGAGACAAAAAUCAGGUGGGAACUAUAGUCGACACAGAGCUCAAACUGAGAAGCACGUGGUCCUGUGCGUCAGCUCACUGAAGAUCGAUUUACUCAUGGACUUUCUGAAUGAAUUCUAUGCUCAUCCAAGACUCCAGGAUUAUUAUGUGGUGAUUUUGUGUCCUACUGAAAUGGAUGUGCAGGUCCGAAGGGUCCUACAGAUUCCAAUGUGGUCACAAAGAGUCAUCUACCUUCAAGGCUCAGCCCUUAAAGAUCAGGAUCUGCUGCGAGCAAAGAUGGACGAUGCUGAGGCCUGUUUUAUUCUGAGCAGCCGUUGUGAAGUAGAUAGGACAUCCUCUGACCACCAAACGAUUUUGAGAGCAUGGGCUGUAAAAGAUUUUGCUCCAAAUUGCCCUUUGUAUGUCCAGAUCUUAAAGCCUGAAAAUAAAUUCCAUAUCAAAUUCGCUGAUCAUGUUGUUUGUGAAGAAGAGUUUAAAUACGCCAUGUUAGCUUUAAACUGUAUAUGCCCAGCAACAUCUACACUUAUCACACUACUGGUUCACACCUCUAGAGGGCAGGAAGGCCAGCAGUCGCCAGAACAAUGGCAGAAGAUGUACGGCAGAUGCUCUGGGAAUGAAGUGUACCACAUCGUUUUGGAAGAAAGUACAUUUUUUGCUGAAUAUGAAGGAAAGAGCUUCACAUAUGCUUCUUUCCAUGCACACAAAAAGUUUGGUGUCUGCUUGAUUGGUAUUAGGAGGGAGGAUAAUAAAAACAUUUUGCUGAAUCCAGGUCCUCGAUAUAUCAUGAAUGCUACAGAUAUAUGUUUCUAUAUUAAUAUUACCAAAGAAGAGAAUUCAGCAUUUAAAAACCAUGACCAUCAGAAAAAAAGCAAUGUAUCAAGGUCAUUUUAUCACGGACCAUCUAGAUUACCUGUACAUAGCAUAAUUGCCAGCAUGGGUACUGUGGCCAUAGACUUGCAAGACACAAGCUGUAGGUCAGCAAGUGGCCCUACUCUGUCUCUUCCUUCAGAAGGAAACAAAGAAAGCAGAAGACCCAGCAUUGCUCCCGUUUUAGAGGUUGCAGAUACGUCAUCAAUUCAAACAUGCGAUCUUCUAAGUGAUCAAUCAGAAGAUGAAACUACACCAGAUGAAGAAAUGUCCUCAAACGUGGAAUAUGCUAAAGGCUACCCACCUUAUUCUCCAUAUAUAGGAAGUUCACCCACUUUUUGUCAUCUCCUUCAUGAAAAAGUGCCAUUUUGCUGCUUAAGACUAGACAAGAGUUGCCAGCAUAACUACUAUGAGGAUGCAAAAGCCUAUGGAUUCAAAAAUAAGCUAAUUAUAGUUGCAGCUGAAACAGCUGGAAAUGGAUUGUAUAAUUUUAUUGUUCCUCUCAGGGCAUAUUAUAGACCAAAGAAAGAACUUAAUCCCGUAAUACUUCUAUUGGAUAACCCGCCAGAUAUGCAUUUUCUGGAUGCAAUCUGUUGGUUUCCAAUGGUUUACUACAUGGUGGGCUCUAUUGACAACCUAGAUGACUUACUCAGGUGUGGAGUGACUUUUGCUGCCAACAUGGUGGUUGUGGACAAAGAAAGCACCAUGAGCGCUGAGGAAGACUACAUGGCAGAUGCCAAAACCAUUGUAAACGUGCAGACGCUUUUCAGGUUGUUUUCCAGUCUCAGUAUUAUCACAGAGCUUACGCACCCAGCCAACAUGAGAUUCAUGCAAUUCAGAGCCAAAGACUGUUACUCCCUUGCUCUUUCAAAGCUGGAAAAGAAAGAAAGAGAGCGAGGUUCUAAUUUGGCCUUUAUGUUCCGACUGCCUUUUGCUGCCGGGAGGGUGUUCAGUAUCAGCAUGUUGGACACGCUUCUUUACCAGUCUUUUGUGAAAGACUAUAUGAUUUCUAUCACCAGACUUCUGUUGGGAUUGGACACUACGCCGGGAUCGGGGUUCCUUUGCUCUAUGAAAAUCACCGAGGAUGACUUAUGGAUACGGACUUAUGCCAGACUUUAUCAGAAGUUAUGUUCUUCUACUGGAGAUGUUCCCAUUGGGAUCUACAGGACUGAAUCACAAAAACUUACUACAUCUGAGUCUCAAAUAUCCAUCAGCGUGGAAGAGUGGGAAGACACCAAAGAUGCCAAAGAGCAAGGUCACCACCGAAGUAACCACCGCAACUCAACAUCCAGUGACCAGUCCGACCAUCCCCUGCUGAGGAGGAAGAGCAUGCAGUGGGCCCGAAGACUGAGCAGAAAAGGUCCCAAACACUCCGGUAAAACAGCUGAGAAAAUAACCCAGCAGCGCCUGAACCUCUACAGGAGGUCAGAGAGACAAGAGCUUGCUGAACUUGUGAAAAAUAGAAUGAAACACUUGGGUCUUUCUACAGUAGGAUAUGAUGAAAUGAAUGAUCAUCAAAGUACCCUCUCCUACAUCCUGAUAAACCCAUCUCCAGAUACCAGACUAGAGCUGAAUGAUGUUGUAUACUUAAUCCGACCCGAUCCACUGUCCUACCUACCAAAUGGUGAACCCAGUCGAAAAAACAGCAUCUGCAACACUACAGGCCAAGACUCUCGGGAGGAAACGCAGCUUUGA